AUGAAUUACGAAUCAGCAUCAGAAAAUUCCUCAAUACUACAGAAAAAUAUCCUUUCGAACAUUAAAAACCAAGAUAUUAAACCAAUCGAAUUACAAAACUUAGAAAUAUCAUCCAGUUUUGCUGAUCCUAUUCCAGAAGAUGAUGAACAACAAAUACUCAAGCCAAAAACAAAGAAAACGCGAAAAUCAAAAAAUCAAGCCAGAUCCGUCAAUCUUCCGAAUAAAAAGAUAUAUCCCGAACCAGAAGUACAAAUAGGCGUAUUAGAUGCAAAAUCUACUAAGAUAAACGAUUUAUCUCCACUUUUAGUACCUCCACAAUCUCAAAUCACGACAUUUAACCCUCCAAAGCAUAAAGAUUCGAUAAAACUUACACCUGAUCAAUCAUCAUUCAUGGAUAAGAUGUCAGUUACUAAAUCUCACAUUGGAAGUAUCAUAGAUAUUCGAGAUGUUGGUGAAGAACCGUUUGAAAACCCAAUAAUUAUCGAAAACAUCGAAACGCCGCGAUUGAGAAAGAAAUCUCCACAAAAACAAGAAGAAAUUCAAUCUCCUGAAAUAAAUAAUAUUGAUUCAAUUGAUGAAAUCAUGAUUCAGACCCUUUCUGAUAUACCAAAUGCAGAUUUAAUGAAGUUGGAGAAGGAAGAACGAAGAAAUAAGAUAAUUAAAGAUCUUGAUAAUUUGGUUACAUUAACUGAUGAAGGAAUCAUUGAUAAAAGGAAUCAUAGAAACAAGAAUGAUGAUACAAGUGAGAACAUUGACCUUACAGAUGCAACAAAUAAACUUCAGGACCAAAUGAUUUUCCAACCUCCUGACAUAUUGAAUUAUUCUUCAAUAGACAUGUCAAUAAAAGAAGACAAGAAGGCGAAAAAGAAGAUUGUUGGUUCAUAUCUCAAUAAAAGAAGGAAAGGAAAAAAUAAUAAUAUUUCUUUAGAUGCAAGAAGUCGAAAACAAGCAGAUGAUAUGAAUAAAUCACUUGAGAAAGCAUUGUAUGAUGAUGCAAAAAGCAGAAAAUCAAAAACUUCGUUCAAAUCAAGAAAGAAUUUUUAUGAAAGUGGAGGAGAAGACGUAGAAAUCGAAGAUAAAGACGAAAUAGAUGAUAUAAUGUCUGUAAAAUCCAUUAAAUACCAUGUAAACACUUCAACAUCCAAAGGAACUUCAUUAAAAUCUAAAAAGAAAACAGAAAAAGUGACAAAUUCAAGUGAUGACGAUGAAGAUUCUGAUGAUUUUGAGUUAACAGAGAAAGACAUUUCUGUAUCAAGGAAGAGACCAACAUCAUCAACAAAUACUUCAUUACAAUCAAGAAAAACAGGUUAUAAAACAGGAAAUUUCGAACCAGACACAAAAUCAUUGAAAUCAAGAAAAUCAGCUUUAAAAUACAACAAAUACUCAGCAGCUCUUGAAGAAGAAAGUUCUGAUGAAGAGAAUAACUCAUUCAGAACAAAGCCAAACAAUGUUGCUUUCGAAGAAGCAGACAAUGAAAUGGAUACAUUAAAAACAAAAUCAUUAAGAAAAUCACCAAGAUCAAGAAGAUCAAAAUACGACCAAGAUGAUGAUUUUUCAAUGAAAUCAAAGUCAAAAACAAAAAAUAACGAUGAUUUUGAUGAAAACUUAUCAAGAACAUCUCUUAGAUCAAAAUCAAAAAUAAAAUCAAGAAAUGAAGAAAUUGAUGAUGAUUUGUCACUUAAAUCUAAAUCAAAAAUAAAAUCAAGAAAUGAUGAAAUUGAUGAUGAUUUAUCUCUUAAAUCAAAGUCAUCAAGAAGAGUAUUUAAUGAUGAAAUGACAUUCGGAGAUAAUACAAUAAAAACUCGUUCGCAAAAUUACAAAAACAAUGAUUAUGAAUCAAAAUCUUAUUCAAUGAGAACAAAACAAACAAAAGACAAAAGAGAUUUUGAUGGAUCAAUGAUGGAUGAUUCUUUAUUAUCUGUUAUUAAUGAACAAGUUGAAUCUAUUGCUGAUGAUGAGAACGAAAUGAGAUCAAGAGUUUCAACAUCUCGUCGUCAAACAUCAUCAUUAUCAAAUAACACAUUGAAAUCAAGAGUUUAUAGAGAACACAACAGAGAAUCAAAUGAUGAUGAUUACGAAAUAGAAGAUGAAACAAUUAGAUCUAAAGUAAAUAGAACAGGAACAGAAGAUGCAGAUAAUGAAGAACAAUCAUUGUUAACACGAAGAAAUAAUGAAAGAUAUUUCAAUCCUCAGCAAAAUGAAUCUGAUGAUGAAACAUUAAUUUCGAAAUUAAAUGAACAAGUUGAAUCUCUUUCUGGAGAUGAUGAUGAAUCAUUAAUAUCUAGAUCAAAAGUACAUCAUAGUAGAACUAAAGAUGUAAGUGAGAUGGAUACAAUAAACACAAAACAAACUAAAUCACAAAUGUCAAAUAAUGUUUCUCAAACUUUGUCAUUCCAAACUAAACAAAAUCCAAAGAAUUUUCAAAAAGGUGACACAACAACAACAGAAAAAUCAUUGAUUUCAAGGAUUAGAUCACAAUUAGAUUCAUCUGAUGAUGAUAGAGAAGAUGAUACAACAUUGAAUACUAAUUUAAGUAGAUCUGCAAUGAAAUAUUCACAAACAAAUGAUCAAGAAUCAAUUUUGUCAAGAAAUUUGUCAAAACAAAUGACAAAUUCAACACAAACUAAUUCUAAAUCAUUUGGAUCUAAGCUAUAUAGACCAAAUCCAAUCCAGAAAACAGAAGAAUCAUCAACAAAUGAUACUUUGAUAUCAAGAAUCAGACAAAAUUUGGAUACAGAUGAUUCCGAAGAUUUUGAUGAAACAUUGAUAUCAAAGAGACAAUCAACAAUGAGAGAUAAUACUAAUUCACAAUCAGUUUCACAGACAAUUAACUCAAGAAGACCAACAACAAGGUCAGGAACUGAAUUCGAUGCUGAUGAAUCAACAAUGAAAACAUUUAUGAUGAAUAAUUUAGAAAGAAAUGAUUCUUCACAGCCAAACACAAUUUAUACACAAGAAUUGGCAAAUACAAGCAGAUAUUCAACAACAGAUGAUGAUGAAAUGUCAACAAAGGAUAAACAAACUCGUAGUUCGUCAUCUUCUUUGGCUGAUUUGACAACUUUACAGAGUGAAAGAUUUUCAAGACAAAUUUCAUCAAACAGCGACUCAGAUUUACCUAAUUUACAUACACUAGGUGCAGAAAGAUCCAGUUCUAGUUCAUUAUCUGAUGUUUCCGAUGAAGAUUUGGUUUCUUUGAACAAAAUGAGACAAAAAUAUGCUUCAAUCACAAAAUCCGAAUUGAAUUCAAUACAAACAAAUAAAAGAUCUGAAAUGAGACAAACUCUUGGAUCUACAUCAACAACAAACAACACAAUAGCAUCGGAAAAAAUGUCAUUUAGUAACAGAUCAUCAUCAAACCCUGAAAAUAAAACUGAUUUGUCAACAAGAAUGAAUUCAACUUAUUCUUCUGACAGUGAAUCAAUGAUGGAUUCGAUUGUUUCAGAAGCGAAAAGAAAUAAAAACAACAAGAGCAGAACAACAGAAGAAUUUACUGUUGAAACAAUUCAAGGAGAAAAACAAAAUAGAACAUAUUCAUCAAUGAUGGAUAAUUCUAUAAAUAGUAAUGUUAAUUCUCAUUCUUCUAGAUCUAAAAAUGCUUCAACAAUCCCAUCAACAAUGAUGACAGAAGAACAAAGUAUUUAUUCAACAUCAGAAAGUGAAAUGUCAGAAAGUUUGGUUUCUGAAGGAAAAAGGAAACAAAAUCAAAGAGAAAGAACUUCAGAAUCAAUUAUUAUGCAAUCAAAUCUUUCUAAAGUAUUUGAUACUCCUUCAAAUUCUAAAACAUCUGAAGGAAUUUCUAUUAACUCUAAAUAUUAUAAUCAAAAAUCAUCCCAAAAUUCCAAUUCUACAAUUGGAUCAUCACAAAUGACAACUAAUUUUGAGAGUGAAUCAGAAUCUUCUUCUCUAAGUCAAAUGGAUUCAUUAGAUUCCAAGUUUGGUCGUAAAAAGAGAAAACAAACUGAAACAGAAACAAUUGAUUUACAAUCAAAUCUUGGAAAUUCAUCAUCAGAAAUGCCAAAGAGUUCAACAACAUCUACAGGAAUUUCUGUUCAUUCUUUGAAUUACAAUAACAGAUCAAUGAAUUCCAAGACAAAUGAAGGAUCAACAAUCCAAGAUACAAUGAUGACAAGAGAUGAAUCAGAGAGUUUAUCUAAUUCAGAAAGUCAAAUGGAUUCAUUAGAAUCAGAAGUAGCAAAGAGAAAGAAGAAAGAAACAACACAAACUGAAGAAUUUACAGUUGAUUCAAGAUCUGGAUUAUUAUUCUCUGAAAAAUCUAAAUCUAAAACAAGUGAAGGAAUGUCAAUUAAUUCAUUGUUACCUUCACAUAAAUCUACAUCAACAAUGAAUGCAAGUGAGUUAUCAAAGGAAUCAACAAUUAAAACAUUCACUGAUGAAGAUGAAUCAACAUAUGUUUCUGGAUUAAGUUCUUUGAGUGAUUUGGAAAGUUUGACAUCAGAAAGGCCAAGACAAAAGAAGAAUAA